AUGGAACACCCUACAGCUCAAGAUCAAACAACGGAAAUCAAGUCAGGUAAAAAUGACACUGCCGUCGAGGUUGCUGUCACCUCCUCACAGCCUCGUGCUACACUGCGAGAAUAUGAACGGUUGUUCGGCGUCGAUGAGGACGCCUAUGAACAGCCCACCACAACCCGAAAAGAACUCUGGUCCUACUACCUCUAUUACAAUGGCGAUAACGGCGUCGGCCCAGGCUCGUACAGCCAAACUUUGUUCCAAUGGGCUUUAAAUGGCGCCGGACAUAUCCCCGAUACAAAUCCACCUAAGCCAUGUACCGAUUCAUCGGCAUGUAUGGUACCCUGGGCAGGGGGCACUCGAUCGACAUCCUCCGUAGUGCUGAUUGCCAACGGACUCUGCUUCGCCUUCAUGACAGUAAUAUUCGUGUGGCUAGGAAGUGCCGCUGACUAUGGUUCUUUUGGUCGAUGGCUUCUUUUGGCUCUGACUGUCAUUUGUUGGGCCCUACAGUACGGCAUGCUUUCUAUCCGACAUCCUAGUCAAUGGGCGACCGCUAUGGGUCUGUAUGUGGUCUCUUAUAUUGCCUACGGUGCCACGCUGGUCUUUUAUGCCGCUGUGUUUCCUCGAAUUGCGCGAUAUAUGCCGCAUGUUCGAAAAGCGAGGGAUGAGCUUGCAGAAGGUAAGAUCAGCCAGCAGGAGUAUGAUGCGAUCGAGUCUUUGGAAAGGAAUCAUAUCAGUAACAUUGGAUACCUCCUCACAUUGGUGCUAAAUCUGAGUGUUUUGCUUCCGAUGCAAAACAAUGAAUUUGCAAACAAUUUGGCACUUUGUCUCACCAAUUCAUACUGGGUUGUACUCGGUAUCUGGUGGUUCCUGUUCCAACAGAAGAGGCCGGGCCCAAAAGUUCCCAAAGGCUCCAACUAUGCCACGAUUGGUUUCAAACAGAUUUGGCUGGCCAUGAAAGAGAUACGGUCCCUUCCUCAGACAUUCUUGUAUUUUGUGGCAUACUUCCUGCUAGCCGAUGGCCUGAACACGACUGGAACACUUGUAUCGAUUAUUCAAAAUGACUACGUAUCUUUUUCGUUCCUUCAGGUCACGUAUCUUGGAAUUACCCAGGCUGUCUGCUCAAUCACCUCAACAUUUGGCUUCUGGUACAUUCAAAGAUACUUCAAGAUCAAAACCAAGACUAUGUUUAUGAUCACAAAUUGCUUCACUGUUCUCAUUCCUUUCUGGGGAAUGCUAGGGCUUUGGACAACCCGAAUUGGAUACCACAAUCGCUGGGAAUUCUACUUUUAUAAUGUCAUCUUUGGCUUGUUCCAGGCGCCAUAUUACGCAUAUGCCCAAACAAUGAUUAGUGAGCUAAUGCCUAGAGGCUAUGAUAACAUGUUUUUCGCAUUGUUCGGGAUAACAAAUCGAGCAUCCUCCGUCAUUGGUCCGAAUGUCAUUCAAGCUAUUAUUAACAGCACUCGCAACAAUUGGAUGGGGUUCCCCUUCCUCUUUGCAAUAUGUGCUGCUGCUAUGGUUGCAAUUGGCUUCGUGGAUAUUGAAAAGGGCCGAGAAGAUUGCAGGAAUUUUACUGAGCAGCGCAAAGUAGAUCGUGUCGCUACGGAGACUGGGUUAGAUCGAGACACCAUUUUAAAGGGCAAGGGGUUAGAUGAAAAUCCAGCAGAAAAUAAUUAG